UUUCCUUUUCUCUUCUGUCAGGAACCAUAACGUUUGCCCUUAUCCUCAGUGUGGCAUGAUCUCUCUUUCCCCAACUUUUGAAUCUAAUAGCAAACUGAAAACUUACUUUUCAUUCUUCUCUACAACAGAAAGCAACCAACAAAAAAAAAGCUCUAGCUAACUUGAGAGGGAUUCACAAAACAGCUAGGAUGGUUUGGAAGAGAGUCUGAAUGCAUUCUUUCUGUCCUUGCUUUGAGGCUAAAAGGCAAGAAGACCUGUACCAAAGUGAAGCUGCCUUGGUUUCACGUAGUUUUGCCACACCAACACAGCUUUCUGAGCCAUCAAGGACUCCAAAGCAAGGUGAUUCGGCAAGUUUCUUUAAGAAACAACCUGCCACAUACCAAAUAAAUUUCAGGUUCUUGAGCACAGCUAAGUUCAGAGUACGGUGAGGAAAGAAACGUCCCUCUCUAAGCAGAUGAGCCAAGGAGUUUGGGAGAAGCUUUGUCCGCAGGGGAAGGGACAUGCUGUGAAGCAACCCAAAUUAUCUACUGAUUCAUAUAGUUUGGAGGAAGACAGAAGAAGUCUCACAAAAGAGCUGCUCAUGAUCUUCUGCUCAGAGGCAGUUAGAGAGCACAGGGGAGUCUUUCAGCCAAGUCCAGGACAGUUCCCCUCUCGCUUUGCUGGUAAAGAUAAUGGGGUGGGAAAUGGGAGAUUCUGACCUCCUUGCUUUUCAGAGACUGCAGGGCUAGUGUGGCGAUACUGGAUACUUUGCUAAAGCACUGGGGUGGGUGGAACAAGGCACCACCUCGCCAAUGUGAGACAUCUCGGAAGCAUGGACCGUGUUCAGAGUGCUGGCCCUUGGAAAGGCUGAGAGCACCAGACCUAUGGCUGAUGGCUGAAAGCUGGUGUAACCAUAUGGCAGCAGUAAAUUCUCAGCCAUGAAGGGCCCUGUAUUCUUUCCUGCAUCUUGAGUAGUCAUAUGCUGCUGUUCAGGAUGCACAGAAACCACAGCAAAAUAAAAACAGAGCUUGCAUGUGAAAAAGCACAAGUGUAAUUUCCCCAUAGAUGGGAGUGUGCUCCGAAACCUUUCCCCAGCCUGCCUCACCUAGACCAGGGCUCAGGGAGAUUGUGUUAGAGGGAAAAGUGAGGCCUGCCCAUUUUCCAGCACCUCAGGAAACACUUCUCUUUAUAGUCUGUCCUCUCAACUAGUAGGAAAAAUGCACACCUUCUCUACUAUGCUUGCAGUACUCUUCCUCCUCCUGAAUGUUUGAUCUUCAUCAAAAGCUCUAGGUGGAGCAGCUGACUUUAUACACCCUGGGCACAAAACGCUUUGAUGUCUCCAGAAUCCUUUCCCUAAAAGCAAUCAAGACUGCAGCUUCAUCUACCGAAGCGCCGCCACGGUGCUCUUCAGAGCCUGUCAAAACAACGUGCUAGGCAGGAUCCAGGCAGGCACGCUGCUCUGUGGCCAGCAGCCUGCCCCCAGUUCCCUCCCUCUGCCUGAAGCUUUGUUUGUUCAUUAUUUUCAUCUCCUUCACAGAGCUGCCCUGCAAUUUUUCAUACUUCACCCUCCUCCUACAUCCCUGUCCUGCGCUUUGCCUAUUGGUUGCAGUGGAGAGAGCCCUGUGAUUUUGUAUAUAACCAACUGCUCCAUUCAGAGAAACCUCAGCAAAUCACGAGAAAGAAGAAACGUUCUCCUGAAUACAAGCACACUCACGAAAGCAAAUGCCAGGAUCUAAAACACUGUAGUUCUCCUGGAGCCUGCAGAACAUGCUCAGCUGCCUGCUCAGCCAGAAGGAGCCGUAAGUGGGAAAGAAACUGAUCCCAGGAGCAUCACAAGUUCACCGCCACGAGGAAGCUCAAAUCAAGACCUAAGCAAAGAUAUACCAUAAGCCUUGUAAGGAAUUCUGCACCAGGAAUCUGCUGGGCUUUGACAUUUCAGUCUUCAAUGGCGAGAAUCCCAGUUCCUACAGCUCUAGCUAUUACUCUGACUUGCCUCUUCGCAGAGGCAUGUGGCCAGACCCCAAGGGCUUUCCAGGAGAGCACCAUUCCCUUUGAGGUGCUUAGCCAGGAGCAGGCUUACAGUCUUGUCCAGCCAAGCCUGUUCCAGGAUGUCAAAUUCUCAAACCACUCAGAGAGUGUCCCCAGGAGCACCGAGACUGAGCCACCCCUGCUGCCUGUGUGUGUGAAGCCUGCAGAUAUCAGACACAUCUUCAAGUACAUAAACACUAUUGUGUCAUGUACCAUCUUCAUAGUAGGGAUCAUUGGGAACUCUACGCUCCUGAGGAUCAUUUACAAGAACAAGUGCAUGAGGAAUGGGCCAAACGUCCUCAUUGCUAGCUUGGCCCUUGGGGACCUUCUCUACAUCCUCAUCGCUCUGCCCAUCAACGUGUAUAAGCUCCUGGCAAAAGACUGGCCCUUUGGUGUGCAGGUGUGCAAGCUGGUCCCGUUCAUCCAGAAGGCCUCAGUGGGCAUCACAGUUCUCAGUCUUUGUGCUCUCAGCAUCGACAGGUACCGAGCAGUGGCUUCCUGGAGUCGGAUCCAGGGGAUAGGAAUCCCCAUGUGGAAGGCAGUCGAGGUGACACUGAUCUGGGCAGUGGCCAUUGUGCUUGCAGUCCCUGAAGCUAUAGCCUUUGACAUGGUGGAGCUCAACUACUGGGAUCGAGACCUGUGGGUGUGCAUGCUCUCCUCUGAACAGAAAUCCAGCUUCAUGAUGUUCUACCGUGACGUGAAGGACUGGUGGCUUUUUGGCUUCUACUUCUGCCUCCCCUUGAUAUGCACCGGCAUCUUCUACACCCUCAUGUCUUGUGAGAUGUUGAGCAAGAGAAAUGGAAUGAGACUUUCUCUGAAUGACCACAUGAAACGGCGCCGGGAGGUAGCCAAGACGGUGUUCUGCCUAGUGGUGAUCUUCGCACUCUGCUGGCUGCCGCUCCACCUCAGCCGCAUCCUGAAAAAGACCAUCUAUGACCAGACAGACCCCAACAGAUGUGAACUGCUCAGUUUCCUCCUUGUGAUGGAUUACUUUGGGAUCAACAUGGCCUCCCUCAAUUCCUGCAUCAAUCCUGUGGCUCUCUACUUUGUCAGCCGGAAAUUCAAGAACUGCUUCCAGUCUUGUCUGUGCUGCUGGUGCCAGAGACCAGCUCUGAGCAUCAUGCCAACAGAUGAGAAGGGCUCUGUUGGGAAGUGGAAGACCAAUGGGCAGGAGCUUGGUCUGGACCGGAGCAGCUCCCGCUUGAGUAACAAGUACAGCUCUUCCUAAAGAUGAACCGCCCCUGGGCAGAGAGGAGAAGGCAUUGUGAUAACAUGGCAGAACACCUCCAUUUCUCUUGCACAGCCAUUUCCUGGCUGGGCCUGAAUCGUUUUUGCCUUCCUGUUAUAACCUGCCUGGAAGGAGCUGCAGCAAUUCACUGACCCCAGGACUAGCUCUGAAUACAUCCUCCGAACUGCACUUGUCCAUCCUCUGGUUCAAGUUGCCUCUGAGGGAGGGGGAAGAAGGGGAUUCAAAUCCGUGUAGGAUGUUUCAUUUCCUUGCAGGAAAAUCAAGUGACUUACAGCCAUUUGUCUUAGGUAGAAACAUGGAGUGGGGAAGAGAUGUGUUUGAAAAGGGAAGGAAGGUUGAGAUGUGGUCACUUUGAAAUGGAUGUGGGACAGGAAGGAGAGCAUGAGGAACACGAAUGACAAGUUCCAGCUGAGAAAGCCAAAGCAAAGCCAAAGCUACAUCUCUUACUCUCUCCCUCUUUGCUCCUGGGACAAUUUGUCCCUGGGCAGAGAGCCAGCAUAAGACCUAGGCACCAUGUAGGUCUUACUGAAACCAAUGGCCUGAAACCUCCUGCUGGCUCCAGUCACGAUAUGAAGGAAUGGGAAGCAACUCAACUUCAUUGUGUCACCAACCUGCCCUGGGGAGCGCUAACAGAGGGCUGGAGGCUACUUGCCUCUCCACCUUAUCCUGGGAAAUCUGCCCUGGGCUCUCUUUCUGGAGGUGAAGUUCACCCCAUCUGUGUACGGCACAAGAAAAUGAUUGUGGGUGUGAGACAGCAAGGCUUGGGGGACCAGAGAUCCUUGGUAAAGCUAAUGGCAGCAUCCAGCUAGACCAUCUGCUCCAGCUUCCCCCUCCCCAAGGACAGGUUAGCUCCUUUCUAGCCAGGCACCAUAGCUGGCCCAAAGUGCUGUCCUUCCAUGGAAGAGUUUGUAAGUCCAGUAAAGGGAAGGCAGAGAUCACUUGAAUCUGGAUAAGACUGGGACCAAGCAACCAGCCCUUACC